GAAUGGCCUUCUAUUUAUCGGCAAUGAUUCAGUGCAAUGUGCUUAUGUUUUUAAUCCGCAUUGGAUUUGGGAAUAUAUAUAUUUUUUUCGGUAUGUAAAAGAUUGGGAAAGUAACGUAUUCCAUCUUGUCUUAAUGCGUUGUUGUUUUUGUCGUGUGCGUGCGUGUGUGUGUGUGUCCGUUUCAUUCAACGUUGUGCGAUUGUUUAGUUCUGUAUUAUGUUUUGCCACGCAAGAGGGAAGAAAACUCAUCGUUUUUGAUAUCAUUUGGUCGCUUUUUUUUUUGGUGUCAGUCCGGUGCCUUUGCGAACACGGCUUUCCCUCCUGUGUUAACUCUAGCCUGGCCGUGCUUUCCAGCUCUUGAUAAGCAGAUUCGGAAUCAGGUGUUUCUACUGGGACAGCCCAUGUGAGCUGGAGAGACACUUAAAUACAUGGCUACAAUGAGCUUAUUCCUGAAGCACUCAACUUAUUGGUCCCUGGCGGCUUUGGUACUGUUUCAAGUUUACCAUUGUGGUGUAGUAGGAAUAUAAGUAAACAAUGCAUAGACAAGCUGAUCAAGUGAAACGCCGUUCAAGCACCAAUCCUUCUCUUCGGGUGAGGAAUGUGGAUAUUGCUAGAGGAAGAACUGGAUAUGGAUUCACUCUUUCUGGGCAAGCUCCCUGUGUACUUAGCUGCAUUCUGAAAGGAAGCCCAGCACAUUAUGUUGGGCUUCGAUCUGGUGAUCGCAUUCUUAAUGUUAAUGACAUUAAUGUCUCUAAAGCCUCUCAUGAAGACGUUGUGAAACUGAUAGGACAGUGCACAGGAGUACUCCGACUUAUCAUUGCCGAGGGUAGUAACCACUCUGAUACGGGUUCUAGUGAUGAGGAACUUUAUUUCAAUGAAGGGAAAGUGGCUUGGAUGAGUAGUAAGCCAAAGUCAAAAACACUGGGUCUAAACAGAGCUGAAAAGGUUGUUGCUGAUGUACAAUCAGGCGGGAUAUUUAAAAUGCUUUUUGACAAUUCCAGUAAUUCUACCAAAUGUGGUAGGACUUACAUAGAGCAACAAAAACAAGUGGCUGAAAAAGCCAGUGGAUUUCCUGCCAGACGUGGAAGUGCAAAAACAAACCACAAUUCCCUUUCUGAAGAAGAAGUAAUGAAGGUGUUGAAUGAUGACUCUGUUUUUGUGAAUGGCCUUGAAAACCAAGAUGGAUUUGUCCUAGAUGCUAGCAUUUUGAAUGUUGGGAUGAUAGUAGGCUAUUUGGGUUCCAUUGAAUUGCCUUCAACGAGUUCAAAUCUAGAAAACGAUAGCUUACAGGCCAUCCGAGGCUGCAUGAGACGCUUGCGUGCUGAACAAAAGAUUCAUACCCUUGUCCUAAUGAAGAUAAUGCAUGACAGCAUUAAGCUAUUCAAUGACAAAAAUGUUGUUCUAGCUGUGUACCCUGCAGAAAAAUUGGCCUUCAGUGCUGUGUGCCCAGAUGACCGCAGAUUCUUUGGACUGGUCACCAUGCAGAUAUCUGAUGAUCAUAGUCUUGCUAGUGAAAAUGAUGGUGGACUGAGGACUUCAUGUCAUGUCUUCAUGGUAGAUCCAGAUCUUUGUCAGCACAAAAUUCAUCAGGGUAUUGCUAGGCGAUUUAGUAUUGAGUGUACGCCAGAUCCAGAUACGAGUGGCUGCUUGGAGUUUCCCCCUUCCUCUCAGCCUGUUCUUCAGUUUGUAUCUGUGUUGUACAAGGACAUGGGAGAGUCUUUUGAAAGUAUGCGUGCAAGAGCUUUUCUUGACGGGGAUUUAUCUGAUGGCCAGCAGAACAAUAGCACUGGUAGUAACAGUGACAGUGGAAUUGGAUGCUAUAGUCAGGAGGAAAAGAAUAAUAGAGUUUUAGUUGUUGAUCUGGGUACCAACUCGAACAAACAUGGCCCCCACGGUGCCUGGAGUAAUGUUCCAGGUAAAGGGCAGAUGCAAGGUACUUCUCAGUGGAAUGGUUGUCGCCCUGACCUGGAAAGCAAAUUCCAUGCACCUCGACUUUCGGAGUUGGCACAGAAUGAUUGCUCUUUACUUAAUGGUAAUAGACACCUUGGUCCUUCUGCUCGGCUUGAUGUUCCAGGAGCCUCUCCGUGGUCUGUGUUUACUUCAGCUAAGAAAUCUGAUAUAGCGAACAGUGCUCCUUGUUCAACUCCAAGAUGGCUUCCCCUUCACAUCCGUAAAGACUGGCAGUACUGUAGCAGCAGUGAUCAGGAAUCCUAUGCAGAAUCCACAGAUGGACUGUCCAGUGUGAAUUGUAGUACACUGAAGCAGGAUCUUCCCCCUCCAAUGACCAAGAUUCAAACAGAAAAGUAUAGAGUUGGAAGUGGCUUAGGCCAGCCUUUUCACAUUGUAUCUCAAAAGAAUGAACUGACAAGUAAAUUGUUUGGGAUUGAAAAGAUGUUUGGGAUACAACAAAAUAACAAGAAAAGCAAAGACAAAAAGGGCACAAAGUUUUCUGGAAUUGCAGUUGGAUUCCCACAAGCUUCCCAACGUUCCUCUGUUAGACGAUCAUAUGGAAGAUCAAAACGUUUCAGUAUUACCCGGUCCUUGGAUGACUUAGAGACAGCAGCUGUCUCCGAUGGAGAGUUAAACAGUGCAGAUCUCAAGACCUACAACAGUGAGAACAGCAUUAACAGCAAUGCCAGUCUUCCCAGUGUCCAGAGCUGCAGAAAACAUGCAGAGCGGCAAGUAGCCAGUUGGGCUGUGUGCUUUGAACGACUCCUGCAAGAUCCAGUUGGCAUCAGAUACUUCUCUGAGUUCCUUAAGAAAGAAUUCAGUGAAGAAAACAUUUUGUUCUGGCAGAACUGUGAGUACUUCAGCCAAAUCUCUCAGCAUGACAAGAAACAGCUUUUGUAUAGAGCUCGGGAGAUCUACAACAACUUUUUAUCCAACAAGGCACUUACACCUGUCAAUAUCGACAGCCAGGCACAGUUAGCUGAUGAUAUCAUUAACGCACCGCACCCAGAUAUGUUUAAAGAGCAGCAACUACAGAUUUUUAACCUGAUGAAGUUUGAUAGCUACUCUCGUUUUCUGAAAUCAACACUCUAUCAAGAAUGCAUGUUAGCAGAAGUGGAAGGCCGCCCCUUACCUGAUCCUUGUCGGGUACCAUGCAGUCCUACCUCAAGGCACAGCGCCAGCUUGGACCGGUCCGACCAUUCUACCCCAAACAAAUCCAGCACAAAAAUUAAAUCGGGCAGAUUACUACCCAUUGAACUUGAAGAUGAUAAUGGCAACAAGAAGAGGGGAACAUUUUUUUCCUGGUCACGAAGGAGCCUGGGAAGAACUCAGAAGAGAAAAGAGAAUGGAGGUUCACAUGCCGACCUAUCUGAAAGUAAUGGACUGUCUCAGUGGCGUCGGGAAUCAUUUGGCUCUAUGUCAUCUUCCACUAGCACAGAGGGGAUGGCUUCCGGCUGUCCAAGAAACAACAAACAAGAGUAUAUUUCCACCAAAGUUCCUGUGGCAGAGAAAGAAAAGCCUUCAAAACACUGCACUGUGAGCCUACCAGAUGGUUCCUUGCACACAGUUUCAAUCCAGACCGGUGUCUCUAUUAGAGGACUGUUGACAGAGUUGUGUGAAAAGAUGCAAAUUCAGUUGGCAGCCGUGGAUCUCUUUCUGGUUGGAGGUGACAAGCCUCUUGUACUUGAUCAAGACUGCAACACAUUGAACUCGAGGGAGAUUCGAUUAGAGAAACGUACUCUAUUUCGGCUGGAUCUUGUUCCUAUAAAUAGAUCAGUCGGUUUAAAGGCCAAACCCACCAAACCUGUGACAGAAGUGCUACGGCCAGUGGUGGCGAAAUACGGCUUAAAUCUCAGUGACUUGGUGGCUAGAAUUAAUGGGGAAUCAGAAGCUUUAGAUCUUGGAGUUCCCAUCUCUAAUCUCGAUGGACAGCGUGUUGUUCUGGAUGUUGCAGAGUAUGUUAAGGAAAAAGACAGAGAGAAGUUUGCAGGAGGAAAAAUGGGCUCUUCUAAUGUUGGCGCACAUCAACAUGGUGUAAAGGAGGAUGGAAGACCUGUGGAAAAACCUUUUACAGUGAGAGGAAAUGGAAAAUCUUCUAAAGAUGCACGGCCUUCGAAAAAAGAUAUAAUUCAAACUACAAACAAAAAGAGACAGCCAAAGCUAAAUAUGGAUGAAGUAGAAGAAUUUUUUGACCUUCUAUCCAAAGCUCAGAGUAAUAGAGUGAAUGAUCAACGUGGGCUUCUGAAGAAAGAAGAUCUUGUACUUCCAGAUUUUCUACGCCUCAAGCCACCCAUAUUUGAACCUGACUCUUCCACACCUUCAGCAAGUAAAGGAAAUGGUAGAAAGCAAGAGGGAAAAAGCCAAACUGCACACAGGAAUGUAAUGUCAGCACAGCACUCUGAUAAAUUAGAGUAUACGGACUCCAGCACAGCUAUCUCAUCUGCACUGAAUUUCAACGAAAACUCCAACAACAUGAAAGCCAAGCCAACAACUCAACACGCUAGCUGUCAACAACCUGUAUUAGUGCCACCCGAUUAUGUAAGGCCAGAUACUAAGCAGAUAAAUGAUGCACCUUUCUAUGUGCCAGUAUCUCCUAUUCCACAUGUCAAUGAACAAAGGUGGGAAAAGCGGUCUGGAGACUGGCAGUUGGAAACUGUACCACCUUAUGAGGACGAAAAUGCAUUUGAUCUGACUCUGGUGGCAGAAGGUGAUAUCAAUAGCCCAAACAGUACAUUAUUACCACCCCCACCAACACCACCAUCCACUGUCAGUAAACUGGAGAUAGCUAACUAUACUCCACCAACUCCCUACACAGAUGGUCAGGAGAACUCUUCACACUGCAGAUCCACUUCAGAUUCGAUGAAUGAAAGGGGAAAGAUUGCUUGGAUGAAGCCCGCUUGCUUUGGACAGAAUCCUAACACACAGACAAGUUUAAACAGGACUGUUUUGGCCAUGAGCACCAACCACUCCCAUGCGGGACUUCCUGUAAACAAGAUUAUUGAUAUUGAUGGAGUGAAAUCAGAAGAUGCUAGGGCAAGAACUGAAGAUUCGGAUGGGAAUCUGAGUUUUGAAGGAUAUAUUUCUGAACUGAAAAGUUGCCAGGGGAGGAUGCGCACAGGAGUUUAUCGGAUGUCAGAGCUGCCAUCACUGAUCACAGUAAAGAGUGAGAGGAGUAAGACACUAGAGGCACAGCAUAAAGCUACUUUUGUCUGAAUGCUGGUCAUGCAUUUUUAUUUAAAAUGGUUACAAAAAUGUUUGUUUCAAGCAAUAUUUGGAAAAAUGUGACUAAAACAGUAAUUUAUUGCUAAAAACUGGAUAAUCAGUGCUCACGAUUUAGUUAUCCCCAUCCCAUACCUCCAGUGCUUGUUGAGAAACAUUGAACAAAAAAGUUACUCAUUUUAAAAUCUAUAGCCUUGAGUAGUUAGAGAUGAUGUUGGAUCAAUUCAGUGAUGCUAAAGUUUGACUGUAGUAUCUAAAACUAGGCAAGUAAAAUAUUGGCAUGAUUUCUGUAGCAACUUAUAUACGUUAAGGAGCCAAGUUUUUGAUGCGAUAAAAUUCUUACUCAUU